AUGCCAAGAAAGAUGGAUCAAGAGCAACAUUUUUAUUCCACGAAUACUGAAGCUUUUCCUUCAGCUCUAUCCCAAAAUAUUGCACCAAAUACCUUUGGAAAAGGUGGAAACCCUGGAAACGGUGGAAACCCUGGAAAAGGUGGAAACCCUGGAAAAGGUGGAAACCCUGGAAAAGGUGGAAACCCUGGAAAAGGUGGAAACCCUGGAACAGGUGAUUUUUGCAGCAAAACUAAUCUUCCACCCACUAAUGGUUUACAAUCCAAAAACGGCCAAGUUACUUGCUCUAAUACUGAGCUAGGCGUAAUUCCAAGUGUUAAUAAUAUGGUCUCCUGUAUAAUUACAUCCCCUCAAAAUGGUGCUCAAAUCAAACAGAACCAAGCAUUCAAUGUAAAUGUAAAAAUAACCGGUAUGGAGACAGGACACUUCGAUAAUCCCGAUACUCAGUAUUACCUGAAUUCUCAAACACUUAAUGCCAAUGGACUAAUUCAGGGGCACUCCCAUAUCACCAUUCAACAACUUAACGGCGAUAACAUUCCAGAUCCUAAAAUCCCUGCUUUUUUCAAAGGAUUAAAUGACCCUGCUCAAAAUGGCGUACUAACCGUCGCUGUUGAUAAGGGUUUGCCUAAAGGAUCAUACAGGGUAUGCACAAUGAACAGUUCUGGAGGUCAUCAACCUGUGGUCAUGCCUGUCGCUCAACGUGGUUCUCAAGAUGAUUGUAUUCGUAUUAAUGUCAUCUAA